CUUUAUAUAUUCAAAUGAUGCCGCUCAUCAUCUCCUUCUCUGUUUUCAUUUUCUUCUUCAAUCCUCAACAAGUCUUAUGCUUUGAUCCAGCCUUUGAUGCCAUCUCUACGGGUGCAGGUCCUGAUACGGCUGCAGGUUCUCCUUCUCAGAACGACCUUUCACCACCUUUUUCUGCAGGAGGAUCAAUAAGCUUCCAGAUUCCCACAUCCCUAUUUCCUCUGCACAAGGAUGCACUUAAAAAUUCACUUUUCUCGUUUAAACCAGAGCUUUUUCGGGCUUCCGCUAUUCCAGGCGAUAAUCCUGAGGUAAAAAAGACAUGCAGCUCUACCGAUCAGCCGUUGCUUUGCGAAAAAUUUCUGUCUCCUCUUUUCAAUCCUGAUACGCCGGUUGUCCUUGAAAAGGCAAUAAACGAAACUGCAUUUCAUUUAAAGUUGGCCAUGGAAGCACUCACAAAAUUGGCGAAUGCUCCCAUCGGGGAACUUGGAAAACCGUCGUCUGGCAUUGAAGAUUGUAAGCAAAGUUACCAAGAUGCAUCGGAGAAUCUUGAGAAUGCAAAGAAUGCUAUUGCAAAUAAUGAUAUUGGAACCAUUAAUAGCAUGCUUAGUGCAGCAACGACAGAUUUUUCAGAUUGUAAUGACUUUUUAGAUAAUCCUACAGUAAAAAUGUUGGGUGCUGUUCUUUCUAAUCUCGUCAGCACUUGCCUUGUCAUUGCUGCCUCCAUGAAGAAGUGAUGUUCUGAAAUUAUAUAAUUUCAGGUAUGGAGCUAUCAUCUUUGUUAUCUGGAUAGAUCGAUCUUCUAAAUGUUUCAUAGAAAUAAUGACAGUUCCAUAUUUCUGUUGUAAUCAUCUCAUUUCAGCUUUGUAAAUGUAACUGUA